CAUGAACAGAUGGGCGAGGAUUGAUUUUUGAGGUCUCACGAAUCGCGGAACGGACAACUCGAGCCAAAUUCAUGCUGAAAAUUGCUGAAAAUCACCAAAACAACAAAAAACAGCUGAUUCGUUGCACGUCAACACUCCAUCUGGCGGUGCCAAGUUGAAUUUUUUUUGUAUCAUUUUAUUUUUGGAACAGAAUCCAAAAAUUCACAAAUAAUUGACGAAAAUUCGCCUAAAAAAUUGUAAAAUUAAAAUUUUAACGUAAAAAAGUCAAGAAACUGCUCAAAAAUCUCGAAGCAGAAAAGUUUCUUCAAUUAAUUACGUCCAUUUUUACGUACAUUCCAAAGGUUAAUCCUUAUCUUUGUUAUUUUGAACAAUGGCUCUCUCCAAACCAAUCUACAACUUGCUCGGCAUUUACUUUGAAAAGCUUUACACAAAUCCCGUGUUGACGAAAUCCCUGACGGCAGCGACUCUUUCACUCGGAGCCAAUUACAUCGCACAACGAAUUUCCGGAGAUGACUUGGAUUACAACUCCUUGGUGGCUUACGGGGCUUUUGGACUGGUUUUCGGUGGAACUUGCCCUCAUUACUUCUACUCGUUCAUCGAGAAAGUCACAAAAAACAUGAAAAACCGCAAAAUGAUGCAAUUUUUGAUGCAACGAUUCAUGUACACGCCAAUUUUUACGGUGAUUUCUUUGUAUUUCCUCAGUUUGUUCGAGGGAGCGACACCAGAUCAAGCUCAGCGGAAGAUGUUGGCGCUCUACAAGAAGGUAUUGACCGCUAAUUGGACAUAUUUGACGAUCCCGGUGUAUGUGAACUUCAAAUAUGUGCAUCCGAUGAUGCGUGUUUUGGUCACGAACUUGAUCGGAGUCUUCUGGACGAUUUAUUUGGCGCAAAAGAGAAAGGCUGCAGCCAAGAAACGCUCGAGCAGUAGCGAAAAAAAUGAAUUUUAGAGCAUUUCAAGUGAGAAAAAGGGGUUUUGGUGCAAAUUUUUAAGGAAAUUAUUGAUUUUUUUUAUUACAUUUGGAAUAAAGUUGAUUUUUUAUAACGAUUUU